AUGCUAAAUUUAUUUGUAUUUUAAUACACAAUAUUUGCACAAAAAAAUGAACCCUAAAAGUUUGGAGGCGAGAAAACGUGAUGAGAAACCUUUUGAAGGAUUAGUUAUUUUCAAUUUAGAAGCUUUGCACGAAGUCAAAAAUCGUAGUGCAUGUUCUAAAUGUGGUAAAUCGCGUAUGUACUUCUGUUACACAUGUUUCAUACCCGUGUCUCAACUUAAAAAUCAAAUACCUCAGUGUAAGCUACCAAUAAAAGUGGACAUCAUUAAACACAGAAGAGAAAUCGACGGGAAAAGUACUGCUGCUCAUGCUGCUGUGCUAGCUCCAAAUGAUGUUAAUGUGUAUACUUAUCCACACGUUCCAGAGUAUUCAAAUGACGGAAAAACUGUUCUAUUGUAUCCAGGAAAGGAUGCGUGCUCUAUAAAUGAGUUAUUUUCAGGAAAACAUAGUAAUUGCUUAUCUUAUGAAAAAGUUAUAUUACAAGAUUUACCAGCUGGAUAUAAUGUAGGCACUUUAAUGACUAAAAUAAUAAAUAAUGAAUCUAAAGAAAUAUAUCAUGUAGACAAAUUACCAAUAGAAAGACUGGUGCUCAUCGAUAGUACAUGGAACCAGAGUCGAGGCAUCUUUGCAGACGAAAGAUUUCAAAGAAUGCCUAAAAUUGUGUUGCAAAACCGAGUAUCUCAGUUUUGGAGACAUCAGAAAGGAAGUCCAAGAUGGUACUUAUCUACAGUUGAAGCCCUACAUCAAGCCUUAAUUGAGCUGCACAUAAGUGCUUGGGGUUGUAGUGAACAUUACACUACAGAUAUAACUUCGGGGUACCCAAUACACAGCAGAGACUGUAAAAAGCAGUGUAUACCAUAUGAGGGACAAUAUGACAAUCUGUUGUAUUUUUUUAAAUACAUGUAUGAGAAAUUACACACCCUGUACAAACAUGAAGACAUGUUAGCAUAUAAAAGACCUAUGUCAUUAUGAAAUAUGACCUCAUACAAGACAUAAUAAAAAGAUUAUUUAAAGAGAUAAAAUAAUAAUAUUGUUUUUUACAUAAA